AUGAGACUUAUUGAAUUCUAUAGAAUUGCCUCAAAGAAAGCUCUCAAAAUGAUCACCAAGCUCAAAUCACAAAGAGUCAUUGAGCUACUAUUGGUGCGAGAACCACAGCUUUUUAAGUUAUGGCCAUUGUUGUUCGAUGGCUGCUGUAGAAAUGGAAUGCUUGAUACUGUUAAAUUACUUUGUGAGACAACUAGUGUCCCGAUAUCUGUGUCCAGAAACGCAAUGGAUGGCGCAGCUGCAGGUGGACACCUUGACUUGUGCGAUUUCCUCAGGACGAAUCGAACCGAAGGUUUCACCGACGAUGCAUUUAGGAGAGCGGCCAAACACGGACAUCUUCAAGUUUUUCAGUGGUUGAAUGAACAUUCUAACCAUAACCCUUUUGAAGGGCAACUUGACACUCGUAAGCUAAUCGUUGGGUUAAUCAAAAACAAACAAAUAGAAAUGUUGCAGUAUUUGAUAAAGACAGUGGAUCUUCAGUACAUUAGCGUUAUGAUGGGUCAUAUCUACAUGAAUGAUGUGGUUGCAACCAAAGAUAUCGAUUUGGUCAAGUUUAUGUUUCUCAAUCCAGUUGUUGGAUGGUUUCAGUCCUCUAUUCAUAUCUAUAAUUGCUAUGAGUGGGCAGUAAGGUAUUCACAACCUCUUAUAAUGGAAUGGCUGUGGAAAACUUUUAAAUCCUCUUUGAAGAGAUUUCCUUUGGUAACUCUUGCUCUAGAGGCCGGAAGUGAAAAGCAUUUCAACGAGGUAUUCUCUGAUUUCACCAACACCAUGAUAUUUGAUUUCGAUAAAACUCAAAGCUGGACAAACUUGCUUGAAUCUGCAGCGGCCAUGAAUAGAUUGGAUGUGGUCCAGUAUUUGACACAACAAAAUAUACAAGCUUCUCUGUUUGUGUCUCCCAUCGAUUGCGCAGUUAAAAACGAUCACUAUGAAAUGGUUUCAUGGCUAUUAAGAAAUAGAACGGAACAAUACACACUGGAAUCAUUCCGUCAGUGUAAAUCAUUAAAGAUUGCGGUGCUGCUACUUGAUAAUCAAGAUAGAUGUGCAUCUCAAGUGGUAAUCGAUAUAAUUCCAAUAGAUAUAGAUUUGGUCAAUCUCUACCAUAGAAAACAGUUGUUUGAUACCGGUGCUAUUGAGGCGUCUAUGACGGAGCUGUUUAAAGAUGGACCACUUGAUGUUAUUCAAUUUCUUCUCUGUAAUGGAUACCGUGUUGGAUCCGCUGCAAUCGAUAAUGCAGCUGGCUACGGCAACUUGGAGCUUGUGAAAUGGAUCCAUUCCAAUACCACUGAGGCUUUCACCACUCGAGCAAUGGACUUGGCGGCUGAAAAAAAUCAUUUAGAAGUUGUAAAAUUCCUUCACUACAAUAGAACUGAAGGUUGCACUAUGCAGGCAGUCAAUAGAGCAUCAUUAUUUGGACACUGUGAAAUGAUAGAUUUCCUAUUGCAAAACAGAACAGAGGGUUUCGAUAGGGAUGCGUAUAGCCAAUCCUUUUUGUUUCCAGCAGCAAUUGAGAGUCUCUAUCGAUUCAACCCCAAUAUAGAUUUUAGUACUUCGUGCUCUCUUGAUAAGGCCUCUAUGGUUGGUAGUCUGGAGGUGGUCAUCUUUUUGGAUAGUAAAACCAAUUGCAAAUGUACCACCCAGGCACUAGAUGAAGCUGCAUCAUUUGGAUUUCUUCGGGUGGUCGAGUAUCUUUUGAUCCAUCGAAAAGAAGGAUUCACGAGAAAAGCAUUGGUACAAUCAGAGCAAAAGGGAUAUCAACAUAUUUUUAAACUAUUAUCAGAGCGAUUAGAUUUGCUAAAAGAAGAAACCAAUUAA